UACUUUGCCAGCUGCUUCAGGCAAAACCAGGAGCCGCCUUCUCACAGCUCUGCCAAACUCCACUCAGCAGAAUCCUAGGGACAGCAAAGAUACAGCGUGCGUGCAUAUACACAAGACAGAGGUUUACAGAAUGGGGGAAAAUUUGCCAAAAGAGACAGAGGCAGAAACCAAGGAGGAGGAUGCAGCCUUGAUUGAGUUUUACAGCUCUUUCAAGGACCUGUUUGAGUUCUUCUGUCUAAAUACCACAAUCCAUGGCACCAUUCGCCUGGUCUGCUCAAGCCGCAAUAAGAUGAAGACAGCCUUCUGGGCUCUGCUCUUCUUGGCCAGCUUCGCUAUGCUCUACUGGCAGUUUGCACUGAUCUUCAACCAGUACUGGGCCUACCCUGUCAUCAUGUCAAUGUCUGUUCAUUCAGAACCAAAGAUGUUCCCUGCCAUCACGCUUUGCAGUUUGAAUCCAUAUAGGAUCAGCCCAAUCAGUCAGGAUAUAGCUGAACUAGAUAAUCUGGCGAGAGAAACCUUAUAUAGUUUAUAUGGCUUCCACAUUCCUAAGAGCAUUCUAGAAGAUGUCGGUGCCAAUCUGGAAGACUUUUCAGAUGAAAAUCCUGGCAAGAUCAAUGGCUCCAAGUUUCAACUGGAUCGUAGCAUCGCCCUAGUGAAGCUGCAUGGAAAAGUGGGAUUUCGGCUGUGCAACACAACCGGUGGAAACUGCUACAAUAAGGUCUACAUUUCUGGAGUGGACGCUGUCCAAGAGUGGUACCGUUUCCACUACAUGAAUAUCAUGUCACAGAUUCCAUCCAUUAUCAAAAUGUCCCAAGGUGACGAUCACAUCAGGAACCUGAUCUAUUCUUGCCAGUAUGAUGGGCAGCCAUGCCGAACAAGCGAUCAUGAACAUUUUCAUCACCCUGUCUACGGAAGCUGCUUCACUCUUAACAAGAACGGAACAGAUAAGUUCUGGAAAGCUUUCAAGCCAGGAAUUGUUUACGGCCUAUCCCUUAUUCUCAAAGUGGAGCAGAAAGACCACAUCCCUUUGCUGUCCACCACGGCAGGUGUGAAAGUCAUGAUUCACAAGCACAACCAAACACCCUUUUUGGAGCAUGAAGGUUUUGAUAUCAGACCUGGGAUUGAAAGCACCAUUGGAAUCAAAGAGGAUGAGGUGUCACGUUUAGGUGGGAAUUACGGCGCCUGUACCAAUAAUGGGGAGGAUGUCAACAUCAAGCUAAUCUACAACAGCACAUAUACACUACAGGCCUGUUUGCAUUCCUGCUUCCAGCAUCAGAUGAUUGAAAACUGCGGCUGUGGAUAUUAUUUUUACCCCCUACCUUCUGGAGCAGAGUACUGCAACUACAAUAAGCAUCCUACCUGGGGUCACUGCUACUAUUUGCUGUACAAAAAGCUCAUGGAUCACCAUCUCACCUGCUUUAGCGAGUGCCCUAAGACAUGCAAGGAAACGAGGUAUAAGCUCUCCGCGGGAUACGCUAAGUGGCCAUCAACUAAAUCCGAGAACUGGAUUCACAGAGCAUUGCAAGCAGACAACAGAUACACCACCACCACAAACAACAGAAAUGAUAUUGCCAAGGUGAAUAUUUUCUAUGAGCAAUUAGAUUACUACUCUUGGGAUGAAUCUCCGGAAUAUGAUGUGAACCUGGUGAUGUCCAACAUGGGAAGCCAAUGGAGUCUCUGGUUUGGAUCGUCUGUGCUGUCAGUGGUUGAGAUGUUUGAAUUCCUCGUGGAUGUCAUCAUCUUAUCCCUCAUCUUCUUCUAUCGGCGGCUUACGGCUAAGAGAACACACAAGGUGUCGCGUCCGCCUAGGAUCCCAAGUGUGAGCUUGACUUUGGAGAAAUACCGCUAUAUAGAAGAAGGCUUGGCCAUGGACCAAGAUUCAGAGAAAUCUCAGGCCGGCCAUACAAAUGCAUCCUUUGUCCAUGAUGAGGGACUCCCUCCAUAUUCCAAAUAUAACAAGUAUCAGAUGCCAGAACUAUAUCCACGUGUGGUGCUUCAUGGAUUUAAGCACCAAGGAGACCAAGUUACAUACAGAGAUCCCAAGAGUUAAUGGAAGAGACUCGCAAAGCCCUUUUUAAAGGACAGUUUCUCUGCAGAGGGAAUGGAGCCUAUAAAGGAAGUUGUGAGUUCCAAACCUGGAAAUAUCAAAGCCAGAAAGAUUGGACUCAUGUGACUGGGCAUACAACAGGAGGUGGAAUUUGUGACUUUCCUCUUUCAGGUUUUCCAGAUGGUUCUUCAGGCAGAUCAGAUGGUGCCAAUACGUGAAAAGACAGGACUUUCACAAUGAGCUAGGUCAAAACUCUAUCCACUUCUUUUCCCAUGGGCUGGGUCCAAUUUAAGGGCAGUUGACUGUGCAUGUUGAUAAAUUCCUGGACUGACUUGAAAAUAUUUAUUCCUUCUGUUAUUUUUGUUGCAAUAUUUGUCCUAUGGAUAAUCAGUUUUAUUUUGAGCUGAUCUGUGGCCUCUUUUCAUGCCCUAUGUUGUCUUGAGAAGUCUACUUUUGUGACAGGGGCAGUGGGAGACUGCCUGGCGGUCAUCCAGUUCCCUAUAAAAAGGUCCGUCUUAGCUUUCAUUUGAAGCUCUCCUGAGAGAACCAGAUUCAGCUGGGCACCCUUGGAUAAAAUAAAUUGGACCAUCAACAUUUCACAGAUGUACCCAGGUUAAAUGUUAAACCACUCACACAUUUUAAAAAACGCCUCUAAGAAGACAUUUACGAGGAAAUGUUCUGUAUUGUCUGCAUUAACAGUGCCUCCGGGAUCUUGGGAGGAUGUGGUAACACUCAACCAUGCUCUUCAUUUAAGCAAAAGUACUUUUGUGUUUGAGCUGACCUAUAAAAUCCAUGGCAGGGUGUUUUUGAUGUCUAAUUUCUCUUUUAAAAUGUGAAGUUCAAUGUUCCCUAGGUCAAACAGUGCAAAACAAUAGUUAUCACAGUGCAAGACAGCAGGCGUCAAAAGUUAACCUAGUCUUUUUCUGAAACCGAAUAUAGUCAAACCUCAGGCAUGAAAGAAAAAUAGCUGCAUGCAACUAUAUUUCUGUGAUUUGCUGGCAAUAACAAGGCUUCAGAUUGGUUGGAUAUUAUUUCCUUCCUGGGACACUUUUCAGUUGUAACAUUUGCCAGUUAUGGCUAACAUCAGCAUUAUUAUUUUUAAAUCAGACUAGAGGAAAAUAAGAAUUUCUGCAAGCAAACUGGGAGAGGUACAAUGUUUGCAAAUUCUCAUUGCUCCAGCAGAGAUAGCUUUGGCAUGGCUGUUUUGGGACCUGGAAUUAAGGAAGAUUUUUCCCUGAGACAGAAAACAGAGAGUUGGGUGCUACUAAAUUCUUUAAGAAUCAUCUCCAUUGCUGGGGGCUAAAAAGCACUUAUAUUGGGGCAGUCCAUUCUGUCAGUCCUGCUCAUCGCAUGUAGCUAGACAAAGCAACGGAAUACCUGCUUGAGCCUUGACACAUCUGACACGUAUGUGGAGACAUUCUGUGAAAUUAACAUUCCCCAAGUUCUGAUUCUGAACAUAGCCAAAAUGGCCCCAUCCAUGGACAAGAGGGGGUCUCCAGAAGGCUCGGGGAGUCUCCGAGAAUAAGAGGACAAAAAAAAAAUUAAACGGUUGAGGUGGGGAUACCUACCAAGAAGCCAAAGAACAAGGAAUGACUAUUGAUGGGGAAAGGGGGACAGAAAACUGGGUGGAGGAGGAAUGGAAUAAGGCAAUCCGCAAGGCAGCCUCGCUGGCAUCGUGAGCAGAAGCACUCCACCUUGCUCUCAUUUGCAGUGGCUAAUGGCAGUUGAAACCCAACACAUCUUCUCCAGUGAUAGCAAGGAGCGUAAGACAACUUGUCCUAGCUCAAGCCAAGCACCUAGAGCAUUCCAAUGUCCUCUUCCAGCUGCAACCAACCCAAAGAUUCUGGAAAGCCUAUAUCUGCAACUCCCCUGCUCCCCCUGGAUCUCUGGCAGGCAGAGGUGUGCUAACCCCAGACACAGAGGCCCUGUCUCUGUUAAGCAUUACUACCUCUCGUGCUUUGCCAGCAAGCGAGGAACAGAUUUCUCCGAAUCAGCCCAGGUAGCAUUAUUUCAGUGAGAAACUUGUCAUAGUCACGGUUCUCUCUUUCUAUCCUUUUGUUUUGAUUUUGUUUCUCUAACCGCUGUGCUGAUAUUGAGAGCUGGAUGUAAUUGUAAACAUGAAUAUCUGAUUGUAAGUUAUUUGGGAUGUGUGUAUGUAUGAGUGGAAGGAUUAAAAAAAA